AAGAAAGAAGCUAGGUUUGAAAAUGGAAAUGGUCUUUGAAUUUGUAAACCCGUACGCGGUUCCGUUCUUCAAAGGCAAAACCCAAAAUUUAAUUUAAUGUGGGACCUGGUUUUGAAUUUUUCUCUCGUUCUUUCGUCCUUCAUGGAAAUUUCAACAAGCUUGACUGGUUUUUGUUUCCCUAUCCACCGUGGAAUGGCAUCUAGACUCGCAUCUACUUGGUCCAUGGAGAUAUCACCUCUGUUUCCCCUUAAUAGAGAGUCAAUCUGCUUGGUCCAUGGAGAUAUCAUAUCACCUCUGGUUUCUCUUCAUAGAGUCUCUAAGGUUCUCCCUUUUUCUGUCACCCUUUGGCAGUGAGUGAGAAGGUUUUUGAGCAUUUCCAUGGGAAAUUGCUGCAAGGGACCUGUAAGACUUGCGCAUGCUUCUUCUACUAUUCCUUCUUCAGGGGCUGGAAAUCCUCCAAGCAGAACCUUGUAUUCGGCUCCGUCCGGCCAGGAAACGUCAUUUGCCAAUUUGGGCAUAAAAUCUCUUACGGCUUUUUCUAGUGAUGCAUCAGUCUCUGUCAGUGUCAAGUCUUUUAGCUUCAAUGAUCUCAAGAGUGCUGCGAAGAACUUCCGCUCAGAAACUCUUCUGGGUGAAGGAGGAUUUGGAUGUGUCUUCAAAGGAUGGAUUGAUGAAAAUACACUCACUCCCACUAAACCAGGUGGUGGAAUUGUUGUGGCCAUCAAGAAACUCAAGAUGGAAAGCUGCCAAGGCCACAAAGAAUGGCUUGCAGAGGUUAAUUACUUGGGUCAACUUCGCCACGAGAAUCUGGUGAAACUUAUUGGAUACUGUUCAGAGUAUGAGAAUAGACUCUUAGUUUAUGAGUAUAUGGUGAGAGGAAGUUUGGAAAAUCAUUUGUUUAGAAAAGGUAUUCAACCUCUACCAUGGCUCACACGAAUGAGCAUAGCCAUUGAUGUUGCCCGGGGACUUUCUUUCUUACAUAAUUUAGAGAACCAUGUAAUAUACCGCGAUCUAAAAGCUUCCAACAUUCUGCUCGACUCGGAAUUCAAUGCAAAACUUUCAGAUUUUGGCCUAGCAAGGGAUGGUCCUACGGGAGAUAAAACACAUGUUUCAACUCGAGUGGUGGGAACUCGUGGUUACGCUGCUCCGGAAUAUGUGGCAACAGGUCACUUAACCAUAAAGAGUGAUGUGUACAGCUAUGGAGUUGUCUUGUUGGAGUUGUUAUCCGGAAGACGGGCCCUGACUGAAGAGACAGCUAUUGUUGAAGAGAGCCUUGUAGAUUGGGCAAAGCCAUUUCUAAGUGACGACAGGAGAGUGCUAAGAAUCAUGGACACAACGUUGGGAGGUCAAUAUUCCAAGAAAGGAGCCCAGGGCCUCGCCGCACUUGCUCUCCAGUGCCUCCAUUCUGACCCCAAGAACAGGCCUUGUAUGAAAGAUGUUGUUGAUACAUUGGAGCUACUCCAGACAUCGAAGGAUGUUAGAAGGACCCCACCUCCUAAGCUUAAACACCGCGGGAUCAAGAAAUCAAUUUAUACUCCCAAGACAACUGCAAAUUGCUCAGAGAUACACGCUUUCAAGCACUAGUGAUUUCACUUAAAAGUGUAAUUAAUUCAAAUGGCUAGUUUCUUUCGAGUACGAAACAUUUUUUUAACAUAUGUAAUGUGAUUCAUCGAUCUUAGCGUUAAAACAAUUUUGGUUUGCAGUUGGACAA